UAUAAAUCUCUCCAAACUGCUCUCUGCGCCUGGUGCGGUGUUAUGCACAGACAUCUGUCCUGCUUCGGUCCAGUAUGAGGACAACGCGUGUGGAAACUCUUCGAGCUGCGUAGACACUAUCUGAGCCGGAGAAAAAUGGAGAAUAAAUACCCCCAUCUGUGUCGUUUACCGUGUCAAGAUAUUAUCAGAUGUUGGCGAUUAUGAACAUUUAACGCAGCUCUGGAUAUAACGGUAACAUUUAACAGUUUUAUCAAGAGGCAGACAAGGGCUCCUUGCGCUUUGGGAAACAGAUAUUGUGCACCUUUUGCGCCCCGCGUAUGCGCUGGAGACGCUGAUGUCUUCAUUGGACUCCAUUCACACGGAGAUGGUGGAACUCUCUCGGAUUUCCAACGUGGAAACGUAGCAUCCAAUUAAUCAGCGACUGCAACUGUACCCCGUAAGGCGCAGUGGCACUUGGUCCGCUCUCUUGAACACCUACCAUUGGACUCCAAAGUGUGGAAAGCCGCAUGGUUUGGUUACUGCGCCCGAACGGAGUAUGAAAAACACACCUGGUGCAGUUUUUUUUUUAGCUGUUAUUUCUAUCAGGACAUGAACCGAAUUUAAACUCGUUUUACGGACAUUUUCGGAUUGUUGCUGUUAAACGAUUCAUGCAGCUGAUUCAGCUUGGGACACUAUAUGAGUCGCGUUUUCUGGUUUGGAUUUUAAUAAUAACAGCCAAGCGAGUUUCAGGUCUGCAUGGGCCAUAUUUAAGCUUUCAUCAUAGGAACUGAGUCUAAGAUGAAGUUAUGGGAUGUUUUGGCCACGUGUUUGUUGCUCCUGAGCUCUGUUGCUACACGGCCUCUGUACCAAAACACUCAGCCAGCCAAGAGGACUUAUUUCCCCAGCAGCUACAGUGAUUCUGCAUCCCUGUCUCUGGAGGACGAAGAGACAGCGUUCCAGCGUGAAGACCACAACCUGCAGGAGAUCUCCAUGGAGGAUCAAUACGACAUUGCCGGUCCCUAUCCAGAGCAGUUUGAUGAUGUAAUGGAUUUUAUUGAGGCUACCAUUGGCAGACUCCGGAGAUCUUCAGAGCCCACCGGGGGAUCCAAGGGACGGAGGGAGCGGAGACAUAGGGGAGCAGCAAACACAGGAGGCACGAAAGGCGAGAGGAGAGGACAUGGCGACAGGAAGCGUGGUCGUAGUCGAGGUGGUAAAGGAGGGCGAGGCGAGAAAGGGAAGGAGAGGAUAUCAGUGCAGACACGAGGCUGCUUGCUAAAGGAGGUCCACCUCAACGUGACGGACUUGGGGUUGGGCUACCAGACUAAGGAGGAACUGAUCUUCCGGUACUGCAGCGGCCCCUGCGUGGAGGCGGAGACCAACUAUGACAAGAUCCUCAACAACCUCACACACAACAAGAAGUUGGACAAGGACACGCCCUCUCGCACCUGCUGUCGACCAAUCGCUUUCGAUGAUGACUUAUCUUUCUUGGACGACAAUGUAGUGUAUCACACGCUGAAGAAGCAUUCUGCCAGGAAGUGUGGCUGUGUCUGAUGAAGUGACGGACAAGACCAUCAUCAGUAAACUAAGGAUCACCUUUACAAGCUGGUGGGAUCUUUGUUUGCAAUGGGCAUAGGAGAUCGGAGCGGUGGUGUAUUGUCUCUCAUUUUUGCCAGUAGUGGUCAAAGACAAUGGAAUUGCCGUUAAAGAAGCAAACUGUACACUCAACUUUUACAGUCCACGCGCAGUCCUUUACAACCCACAGGAGAAAAGACACUGUUACACUUCCAUAUUUUCUAACCGUGCGGUCUAUAAUGUAACAGUGGGAGAAAAAAAACUACUAAGUUGGCUUGUUUUUUCAUGGAGGAAUUCAUUUUCCCAGGAUCAUCAGUUUUUCCAUAGCUGACUGACAUAAAACGUGAAUGAAUGGUGAACGCGAAGAUUUGAGGAGUAUAUUCAGCUGCAGUCUAAAUCACUUCCACUGCAUAGCCUGGAUGUUCACAUUUACAUUCAGAGCCAAUGGAUGACAAAUGCCACACCACAGUUCAGCAAAGACUUUUGGUGCAACGCAUCUACAUAAAAUCAUAUACAUAUAGUACAUACAUACAUACAUACAUACAUAGAUACACACACACACACGUGUGUGUAAGAGGUAUAUUUAUUAAGAUGCAAAUUAACUUAUUGUUAUUUAUUUCAAUCCAUUUUAUGAAAGAAAUUGUCAUUUUCCUAUUUAUUUUAAAGCUUUGUCCUGGAUAAUGCCAAUGUGGAGCAUUUUCUCAAGCAAAAUCUAAAAAAGGUAAUCCAGAACUGCUAAAUACUCUCCCACACAUCCUAAUGAUGCUUAUUUGCUUCACUUAGAUUCCAGAGUUUCUCAAUUCACGACUCCAAUGGAUCAUCAUUAGUUAUCCAGUUAAGAUAAGGAUAGAAAGAAACACAGAGAAGGGGACCAAUAGAAGAUUUGUGAUUGAAUCGAUUUGUUGUUUUGGAGAAUUUUGAGAGACGACAGGGUAGAUUAUUUGAGGGACAUUUCACCUAAUUUUCUUCAAUGUGACCAUGCCAACACAGGGGAGGACUUCAGAUGCUGCUCUCUCAGCAAAUUGCUUUUUGUUGUUUGUUUAUAAAUACAAUUGUCAGUUUAAUAACCCAGAAUAUAAUUAAUGUCACUCCAAACAGGAGCCAUCACAUCUUUAAAUUAAAAUCUAAAAUCAACAUGAGAGUAGUGGUCUCUCUGAGGAUCUGCAGGUGCCUUUUAGGAUCCACGUUUUGAUGCCCAGAGUACAGAAGCUGCUAGAAUGCCGGCCUAUCCGCAUGCAUUACCCAAAACCUCAGUCAGCGUUGCAGCAGUUCCUGUCCCAAUAGGCUUUAAAGUUCACAAGCCUGCUUGUGUUUCUGUCUCGACUUUGACAGACCGGGUUUACUCCCUGAAAGGGGAUUUGAAAGUGAUCCUCUAACAUGAGUCUAAACCAAAUAUCCCUGUAGGCAAAGGCUUGUUGGUGAAGGCAGUUUAAGGAAGAUCUAGCAACUGUAGCGGCUGUCAUCGCACAACUGAUGUAAUUAUCUAAAGACUAGACGCUUGGACGAAAGAAUAUGUUUUGGAAUUACAGAAAGAAGACGAGGGGUAGCCUCAACAUGCUUUCUACAUGUAAUAACUUGUUCAACCAAGUUUAUUCUCAAACUAUACACAAGUAUGAAUCCAGGAAAACAGGAGGCUCUUUAAAAGCAAGUUGCUUUGCCCAUCAAGACCCUGCGAGGGGAUUGUUUUAAGUGGAACAAAGAGAGCCCUUGGGUAGGUCUUGAUGUUAGCACGGAUUAGGGACCAAGGUAUCUGUGCCCACCCAGCAGCAAGCAAGCCAGCUUUACUGUGUAAUCCCCCUCCACACAGAACAAAUCCACUGCAUCAAGCUGAAUUUAGGCCAAACACUACACAGAGGAGAAAAAACUCAAGCUUUUAUCACAGCAUACCUCAUCAAUUGGAUCAUCUUCCCCUUUAACAACUGAUUCGUCCAUAAACCUUUCCAGAUGAGAAUGUGCAGUUAGGAGACUUCCCAGAAGCCUUAGAAUGCUUAAAGUGUGUAAACUGUGACCACUAGCCCUCUCAUCUUCAUGACUGUUUGCUCAACUGUUCCUUGGCAAUUUUAGGCCUCUGGUUUGGAUUUAAAGGUAAACAAGCAAAAGGUAAAGAUGCAAGGGAAUCCUCAGUGUUAAAUAAAAGUAGGGAAUGGAUUAUUAUUUUUUUUUUUCACUCAUUGUCUCAACACCUCUGUGAAAAACCUGUCAUGUCGUCUCACUUGUUUUGUGUUACAGAACCAAAGCUCUCUGCAAACUUUAUUUUUGUACAAUAUGCAUUUUAUAACUUUUUACAGAAUUAAACUUGUUUCUAUUAAAUGA